AUGGAUAGUCCACUCGUUUCGCCGGCUAAGGCCCGCCAGGCCGCGAUCCAAGCUAAAGAUUGGGCGUAUGUGAACUCUUGGCUCAAUCGACAAUACGCGCCCAAACCAGUCCCCAAGUUCGAGCGCAAUGAAGAUACACUCCGCGUUCUCCUGACACUAGCUGCAGCCAACGAUGCUGCAGACGAAGAAGCCGAUCUACAACAUCAAGCGCGCGAGGAGGCUGUGCAAGCAUACAAAAUACGGGAAGAGUUCGAACGCAACGAUCCCCACGAACAACAGAAGAACCAACUCCUUGAGGAAGUCGAGAUGUGUUUGGAUGAUAAAGGAAGACGCGAUCUAGAGGACCUCGCCGACUCCGCCGCAGCUCUGGGCAAUACCUUAAAUCCGAACCCGGGGGAUCUGGGGCAAUCGAUUGUGGAGCUCACGAUGGAGGAGUUCGAGGCCCAGGAACAAAUUGCAAAGGUCGAUACAUUGCAUCGAUACCUCCAACGAGAGCUAGCACGGCUACAGACGGAGCUUGAGGAAUUGAAGACCGAUGUGGCGUAUGAGAUACCUUCUGAUACACAAAGCCUGACAUCGGAGUGGACACGCGGCACGAAGACACUUGCGAUCAAGGUCGGGGAGUACCAAGAUCGCAUUGCAUCACUAGAAAAAGUCCAGCCCCGGGGGCCGACCAUUGAGGAACUAGUGGCGGAGGAGGAGAAUGUUAUCAGGAUGCGGGAGACGGUCAAGGCGCUGCAAGGUCGCGUGAGGGCAUACCAUGAUCUUCCCCAAGAUACUCCAGGGGCACGGGCAAAAUAUAAAGAGCUAGAGCGUGCGCUUGGGCAGCUUAAGCGACAACGAGACUCAUUACUCAGCGGUAUAGACGAGCGGUCCUAA